AUGGCAACGCCUAAACUGAAUUUAUUAAUAUGGAGAGCUUUCAACGAGAAGCUACCCACGGCUAAAGCUUUAAGGAGAAGAGGGGUGCAAAUAGCAUCAGAGGUAUGUAAAGUGUGUGGUCUAUCAUCUGAAUCGGCUAAGCAUGUGUUUGUUCAUUGCCCGUUCGCGAGGUUAGUAUGGAUUCAAAUCUGGUUAUGGCUUAAGAUCCCAACAAGAAAUCACAUGGAGUCACUAAAAGAAAGGAUGCUGGAUCGAAGAGAUUGGUCUAGGAAGAAAGCUAAAGUAAUAUUUGCCAUUUAUCUCUCAACCACAUGGAACCUUUGGAAGAAUAGAAACAACAAAGUGUUCAACAGUGCGACAACGGAGGUAAACAAAUUACUUGAGGAGAUAAAGGAGGAAACUUUCGACUGGAUUAGCAGAAGAUCAAAGUUACAAGGGGUCACCUGGCAUGAAUGGAGAAGUUUUUCGGUCCUUGAUGUAUAA